GUCUGAAAGCACCUAAAUCCGCUUGCCUUUCACUGCUUCGAAGUACAGAGCGAAAAAUCGUAAAUGACACAGAACAAGCCAUGACCUAUUGUCAAGAGAUUCAGAAGCUGGAAACUGCAGGCUAUGUAAAGAGAUUGACACCUGAGAUUGUAGAUUCCUCUGCUGAGACAUGGUACCUCCCUCAUCACUUAGUCCACCACAAUAACAAAGCAAGGCUUGUUUUCAAUUGCUCAUAUCGGUACAAUGGACAAGCGCUGAAUGAUCAACUUAUUCCUGGUCCCAUCCUGGGUCCUUCCCUUCUUGGUGUUUUACUCCGGUUCCGUGAGCACAUAGUGGCCAUCAGUGGAGACAUCAAAGCAAUGUUCCACCAGAUCAGACUUUUGCCAGAGGAUCGCUCACUAUUACGUUUCCUCUGGAGGGACAUGAAGAGGGAUGAAGAGCCAAGUGUCUUUGAAUGGCAGGUUCUCCCAUUUGGGACUACCUGCAGUCCUUGUUGUGCCACAUAUGCACUACAAAGACAUGUGAAAGACAAUAGUGAAGGCUAUGAAGAUGUGCAAAGGUCUGUAGAACAGGCAUUCUAUGUUGAUAACUGUUUGCAGAGUCUUGAUUCCCCAGAGAAGGCCCGUAACCUUAUCGACAGGAUGCGUGAGCAUUUGUCUUCUGGUGGGUUUGAAAUCCGCCAGUGGGCCAGUAAUGUACCUGCUGUAGUACAGCACCUUCCAGUUGAAGCCAGAGCAGCCAGUACGGAAUUGUGGCUUUCUGAGCAUAGUUUAGACCCACAAGAGCCAGCUUUAGGUCUUCGUUGGAAUUGUCUCACUGACCACCUUGGAUAUCAACAUCGUCCUGUUGACUACUCUGAACCCACAUUACGAAAUGUGUAUAAAGUACUGGCCACACAGUAUGACCCACUUGGGUAUCUUAUACCCUUUACAACCAAAGCAAAAAUACUGGUUCAAGAUCUCUGGAAGCUCAAGAUUGGUUGGGAUGACCUCAUCCACCCAGAAAGUCUAUUAGUACAGUGGCAAGCCUGGGAAGCCGAACUGGCCAACUUGCACACUGUUGAGAUACCAAGAGCAUACAUACCACCAUGCGCUGAUACAGUGGGCACACAGAAGACCAUCCAUAUUUUCUGUGAUGCCUCUGAACGGGCAUACGGAUCGGUCGCUUACCUUCACACUCAAGAUAAGCAAAAGCAGAUCCAUGUAGCAUUUGUGAUGGCAAGGUCCAGAGUGGCUCCCCGCAAACAGAUAUCAAUGCCCCGUUUGGAGCUUUGUGCAGCUCUCACAGGAGCGCAGCUGGCAAAGUUGCUCAGUAAAGAGCUGUCGAUUCCUGCAAGCGAUAUUAUCCUAUGGACUGAUUCAACGACAGUCUUAAGCUGGCUGAGAUCAGAAUCCUGUCGCUACAAAGUCUUCGUAGGGACACGCAUCGCUGAAAUCCAGGACAUGACUUUGGAGUCAAAUUGGCGAUAUGUCAACACCACCGAUAACCCAGCGGAUGACCUGACUAGGGGGAAGACUUUGUUAGAGUUAAGCAAAUCUCAGCGCUGGAGUCAAGGUCCACAGUUCCUCCAUCAACAUCCUAGCUCUUGGCCAUCACUGCCUGAAUUCGCAGCUCCUGACGACCAUGAUGAGCUGAAAAAACUAUUAUUCUGUGGAAAUGCAUGUCUCGUCAAGUCUCAGUCUGACAUCUCCAAUAUUAAGAGUUGGAAGGAAUUGUUGAAGGCUACUCACCAGUCCCUUCACGGGGCGGCUGCUAUCAUGACUGCAGCAGAUACCAUAGCAGCUGAACUACACCUACUAAGACAAGCUCAGAGGGACAGCUUCCCAGAAGAGGUUGCUGCGCUGACUAAAGGUAAAUCCAUAUCGGCCCAGAGUCGUCUUGCUUCACUUUCCGCCGAGUAUGAUCAGACACUUGGCUUAAUUAGAGUCGGGGGACGACUCCGCCGAGCUGAGGGCCUAGAUCCAGACACAAUACAUCCCAUAAUAUUAGAGCCUAAACAUCAGAUUACAAUGCUCUUAAUCAAAGAAUAUGACAACCAGCUUCUGCAUCCAGGUCCAGAACGAGUCUUAGGUGAGAUCAGACGCAAGUACUGGAUCCUGCGUGGCAGAGAAUCCAUCAAGAAACACCAGUACAAUUGUGAGACUUGUCAAAAAUGGAGAGCAAGUCCUGUAAUUCCAAAAAUGGCAGACUUGCCCCCUGCACGGCUAAGACUGUACAAACCACCGUUCUGGUCUACUGGUAUAGACUGUUUUGGCCCUUUCACUAUUAAGAUAGGCAGACGCACAGAGAAGCGCUGGGGUAUCAUAUUCAAAUGUAUGACAACAAGUUGCAUACAUCUUGAUCUUUUGGAGAACAUGGACACGGAUGCCUUCCUGAUGGCAUUAAGAAGAUUUGUAUCACGUCGUGGUAAGCCAUAUGAGAUACUGGCUGAUAGAGGCACAAAUUUCAGAGGAGGAGCCACUGAACUCCAGGAAGCCUUCACAUCGUUACAAGGUCCACUUAAGGAGCAUCUAGCCAGCCAGGAAAUUGCUUUCCAGUUUAAUCCCCCACAGGCUCCACACUUUGGAGGAACCUGGGAGCGAGAGAUACGGUCAGUGAAAAGUGCUCUUCAGGUAGUCUUGGGCAAUCAAACAGUGACUGAAGCACUCUUGCGUACAGUGCUGGUAGAGGUUGAGGGAAUUCUCAACUCUAAGCCACUCGGCUACGUUUCAUCAGAUGUUGCCGACCCAGACCCUGUUACACCGAAUCUGUUACUGAUGGGUCGUCGAGAUGCCUCACUCCCACAAGCAAUCUACUCCUCUAGUGAUUUGUUAGGGAAAAGACGAUGGCGACACAGCCAAAUUCUAGCUGAUCACUUCUGGGUAAACUUUAUCCGGCAUUACUUACCAAGCCUUCAGCCCCGCCAGAAAUGGCAAAAGGACACUGCCAAUCUGAGUACUGGACAGAUCGUUAUGAUAGUUGAUCCACAGUUGCCCCGAGCUUUGUGGCCUAUUGGCAGAGUGGCUAAAACAUUUGCAGGAGUAGAUAAUCGCAUACGUACUGCAGAAGUGCAAGUGAAAGGGCGCACUUAUCUACGGCCUGUUGCCCGGUUAGUUAAGUUGCCAUCGUGGGAGGAUGAGGAAGGAAACAGUAACUAACACGGAGACUUUCCUAACUAAUUACAAAUUAAAUACUAAAUUUGGGGGCGGCAAUGUAGAAAAGUCUUUUCCUUUAGUUUCAGUUACAUCUUUUACCACUAGAGGGUGCAUAUGUUCCAUUUUACUGAUACCUAUACACUGAUACCUUCCCUUUAAGACACUGAGCAUAUACACUACAAGUGCUGGGUCACGGUGAGCAACCGAACUUUAAAGUUGUGUGCGUUCAUGCAGAAAAACCACACAUACAUGCAGAUACAGACUCCAAUGCCUUUUGCCUGUAUUGUAUACCUUAAUGCUCACCAAUGUGGAUUGUAAAACCCAACUCAUUAAAGCUUUCUUGGAUGUUACUCUCUGAGCCCUUUACUCUCUAACCGGAGUCACCAGUUUUCCAAGGUCUAUCAGAACAAUCCAGAGGUUCCACC